GUAGCAGUUGAGAGGAAAAUCACUUACUCAUACUCUGGCAGCAGUGGAAGUUCAUGCAGUGGCCUUUCAUUUCAACUACACAACUAGAGGUUAAGACAUUAAGCCAUGUCUGGAUAUACCAUAUAGUUGCCCGAGGAGCCUCUCUGGACCAGAUCUGAAACCAGCAAAUAAACUAUACUGUAUGUCUGCUCUUGAUGGUGGGCUAGAGAUCAUAUCACUUGGCUUAAGCCACCCAGAGAGAUUCGAUCAGUAAUACAGGGAUAAAAGAAUGAAAACUACAGAAUCCAUCUGCUUAAAAUCCAAACAUAUGGACUGAGCACAAUAAAGCUCUGCUUGAAAGUUUAGCUACUACAAUAGCUGCAGUCAGAACAUUUGGACGACCUUUCGGCUGAAUGUGUUUUUCAUGUGCUAAUGAAACGACAGGAAAGCACCAAGCACUGCCCUUCAUCUUGACAUUGUUGAAACAUUUUGAGAGCAAGGGCUACGCGUGCCUUUAAAGAAACAGUCUGUCUCGGGGAAAUUGCGAUAAACUCAAGGGACAUGUUUUGGUGACUCAAAAAGAAAGACAAAUAUCUGGAUAUAAGAUCGAAAACAGACGCAAACAUAACAGAGGAUAGUCUUCCAGCCUUUGCCACAUUUGCAAAAGAGCAUAUCCUACUUGUGAAAUUUUCUUGGCACUUUUCCAUGGGAGCUGAUCCAGGGUGCAUUGAGAAGUACCUCCAGGGAGGUCUUGUUAGAGUUUGAAUAAUAUUGUGUGGAUUGAAAGCAAAAGUACAUUUCUCAGCUCAUCUCUGGGUGGUAGCGCGUCUGCUCUGAAGGAUUACCGUGAAGAAACCGUCCAGCAAAAUGUAGAGCUUUAGUUAGACUUUGAUCCUGCUUUUGAUUCUUGUUUCGGGAAGCAUAAAACAAUCCGGGGAUCCCGAAACCACCUCUUACAAGCCAAACGUACGCCCCGGCUGAGAAAAAGAAAGCUUUUAUCACACACCCAGGCAAGCGUGCCGGCUAAAAGGGGGCUCAGCGAAAGAAGAGAGUCUCUUAGGCAAGGAUAAAGUGAAGUGGGCUGGGAUGGAGUGCAAACAUGAGCCUGCUAGAAGAGGGGACAGCUGGGGUGGGCCUACCACUACAACAUCCUCCACCCUCAACAAGACUGGAGCAAACACGUCCCUGGAGAGGCACAGUACUAACAUUUUGGAGAAAGAUGACCACUGCGGGGUCAAAGCAAAGCCAGGCUUGACGUCUUGCCAGAUGGAGCGGAAAACAAACCUCAGCAGAAGUGCCAGUUUGUCGGAGAAGGAGCUGAAGGAGGCACGAACCAAGAGUCAGAUCAUUGCUGCUCAGCUCCAGGCCAAUUCCAACUCUAAAGGCGUCCAACUUUUCAACCGGCGCAGACAGAGAGUGAACGCUUUCACACUCGUAAGCGUUGGAGGAGGGGGAGUGGAGGCAUCUAAGAAUGUAAUUGAUUCAUUUUUUGAAAGUCCACGGACAUGGGACAAAUGCUCAACUGAGGACCAGGACAAAGAGUUGAAUCACAGGAACCUCAAGACCGGUCUCACGAGGUUGGCCGGCAGAAUCCACCAUACUGGGAGUGACAUGGAAGAUGCUAGUGAGGUUACACGGGAGGAUGUAGCAGAAGAAAGCAGCCAAGAUAGACACUUUCUCCCCGUCAAUGAGAAGGAUGAGGAGCUUUCAGAAGACCUCACAGAGCAAGUGAAGGAUGAGGUUACUCUUAGAAGUGACAGUAACCCUGCUGUUAUGGACCGAACUGGUGAAGAUGAAGCUGAAGCCAAUGGAGUACACAAUAAAGAAAUCCCAAAUGGAUACAGUGCACAAUGCAAUGGAAAAGCAGAUAAGACGGUGACUAAACAGCCCACCAUCAUAAACAGAACAGCUCGCCCAUUUUUCUCCCCAACAACAGUAGGAUGCUCUGAAGUUACAAGUCCAGUCAUGGACAUCCCUCCAGCUCAUGACUCUACAACACACUUUGAACCUUCAACUUACCCAGUGCACCCAAGACCUGUUUUCUCUCCACCACCGCCUCCACCUUCAUAUCCGACUCCUCCUCUCCCCAGCUACUCCAGCCCUCCUCCACCUAACACAGGCCAUGCUCCCUCACCUCAGCCUUCUUCUUACUACAUCCGCCCAUAUGCCCCCAGGCCUACAUUUGUCCCUGACCUCUUGAGUGAGAAGAGAUCUGUAACUCCCAUCAAAACGGGUAUCCUCGAUGAGGGCCAGGCUCGCCGAGCAACCCGUAAGUCGAUGUUCACGUUUCAGGAGAAACCAAAAGUGGCUCCGAAUCCCGAACUCCUGUCCUUGGUGCAGUGUGCAGAUGAAAAGAAGAAAAACCCCCAGCCAGAUGCAGGGCAGGAGGAGGAGCUGCUGGCUCUCGGGGCCGAAGCCUCAAACUUCCUGGCCAAGGAAGAGGACGUUCACAAGGAAGCUGCGGUGCCAGAGUGGGCCUUGAGUUUGAAAAGCUCCAGAACGCGUGCCAGGAUAGAGCACAAGCCUGAGCAGGCCCUGACCGAUGCUUCAGGAAAAGGAGCUGAACUGUUUGCCAAACGCCAGUCGAGGAUGGAAAGGUACGUCCAUGACAGCAAGGACCCGAGAUCACCCUCUCCUACCAUGUCCUUGCCUCCUUCAUGGGUAUAUCCAUCCAACAUGCCCGGUCGAGUGAAGGCCAUAAUAAACUCCUCCAAUAUAAGUGCACAAAUUUCAAAGACACUUCAAACUCAGCAGGCCAUUCAGAAAAAGACUGUCCUUGCCAAAGCACCAGUGCCUGCUCCAGCUCCACCUCCACCUCCAGAGAUACCCUUGGAGAACGGCUGCACUAAAAUCGAGAUGGAGCUGUCCAAACAUCAGCCAUACCAGCUUAACUCAUCCCUCUUCAUCUUCAACCCCACAAAAGAUCCCUACAGCACUCUUCCCAGAGCCGCCCCAGCUCCUAAACCUGUCGUGACAGCUCACUCCUACUCCAGACAAUCUUCCCUUCCAACAAGCCCAUUGCCAUCGCCAUACAGCCCUUCUGCCACCUAUCGGUCAGCCCAUUGCUUUUCGCCUCCUGUGACGCCUCUCAGUCCCAUCACAGCAGGCAGCGUCAGUUCCCCAGUGUCGCCUUUAGCUCCAGAACGUGUAGCUUCACCUCGCUCUGGCGUCCAAGCACCACGUCCCACGUUCUCCAUCAAAAAAGCUGGUAUCAGCCCACAGAUUAAGGAGGAGACCCCGGCACCAGUCAAUAGCCCCGGCCCCACCACCCCAACCUCCAGGACGCCCAACCUCACUAGACGCUUCACCAGCCCUGAGGUGCUUUCCAGCGCCAUCUGGUCCCCCAGCAGCCCUCUAGUGACCUCUACACCAUCCACCCCAAUCUACAAGCCCACACCAAUCUCCCCCUCACCCCGACCCAUCCAUAAACCCGUCACAACAUGCCCUUCCCCAAGCCCUAUCCACAAGCCCAUUGCAACCACAGCAUCUCCAGGUACCAUCUUCAAGCCGAGCGCCACCUCUCCUGUGUCUCCACCCUGGGAAACCAGGUGCCAGUCUCCGGCCGUCAGCCAGGACACCAAAGCCAACCACCGCAUUUUGGCCAAAAACAUCAUCAAUGCCGCCAAGCGGAAAAACAGUCCGUCUCCCGGGGCGCUGGGUGGCCACAGUCUGCCCAUCUCCCCGGUGAGCGGCGGGAUCGUGCCUUAUGAACACAAUCCUGUCAGUCCAUUUCAGCCACGGAUGCUGGGGGCUCAGUCACCCACCCUUACCAGUCCCUCUCCCACCCGCAUGAUCCACUCUCCGGUGCGCUUGUACAACACCCGCUCGCUGACUGACUCGGACGCCUCGGUGGAGUCUGAGGAUUCGGGUCUGCGCUCUCCUGGAGUGCGCAGCUACAACACCUGCCCCCGUGGCUGGGCCGGCGGUCUGCAGGUGAAGAGGGGAGGCAUGUCUGAAGAUCUGUAGGAACUAGGAAGCACUUGAUGAUUUAUACUUCAGCCUGAUUUCGUUGUAGACCAAAGUGUCCCUUAAGUAUUGAAUGUAAAGCAUUGUGGAUUUUGCAGUACAUUGAAUACAGUACAGUAUGUUGACUGUGUGAUGGAAUCUAUACAUAUCGUUCAAAAAUUUUGGGUCAGUAAGAUUUUACUGAGAAAUGUAU